AUGAUAGCAGGAUAUGAAACAACAUCAACUAGUUUGGCCUGUGCAACGUAUGAACUUGCCCGACAUCCGGAAGUUCUUCAGAAACUUCAGGCUGAAAUCGACCAACUUCCAUUGGCCACUAAUGAUACGGCUGAUGAAGAAAUCAAAAAAUAUCCCGAUUAUGAUAUAGUGGCGCAGAUGCCGUAUAUGGACAUGUUUGUGUCGGAAGUUUUGAGAAUGUAUCCUAUUGCAAAUCAAGCUAUUCAAAGGCGUGCCUUCGAAGAUACAGUCGUACAAGGAAUUAAAAUCGAAAAAGGUAAAAUUGUAUUUUAA